UGUGCGUGUGUGUGGAGCUGGUGACAGGCAGAUCAGCUGUACCAGUCCCCACAGGCUCGCUCAGUACGCUGGCACAGUGGUCGCCUGGCACUCUCAGCAAAGAGCCGUGCUCGUCCGUACUCGCUCCGUGGCCUGGAUGUCGCUUUAAACGCAUCCCGCGUCUCCGAAACACUCCCGCGAUCGAAUUAACCGGUGCGAGCGGGCUGGUGGAAGGCGUAAUUUUUCUGGUUUUUUUGUGACAUCAUCGAGAUGCUGGCAGGGCAGCGGGAGAACGGCAGGGCCGGCUUUGCCCGGAAGAAGCCGCUCAAGAUGAACAUGGUGAAGAGGAUCAUGGGAAGGCCCCGGGAGGAGGAGUGCAGCCCCCAGGACAACGCGCUGGGCCUCAUGCACCUGCGGCGCCUCUUCUCCGAGCUGUGCCACCCGCCGCGUCACAUGACCCAGAAGGAGCAGGAGGAGAAGCUCUACAUGAUGCUGCCCGUCUUCAACCGGGUGUUUGGAAACGCACCGUCCGGAACUAUGACUGAGAAAUUCUCCGACCUGCUGCAAUUCACCACUCAGGUGUCCAGACUGAUGGUCACAGAGAUCAGAAGGAGAGCUUCUAAUAAGUCCACAGAGGCAGCCAGCAGAGCCAUUGUCCAGUUCCUGGAGGUCAAUCAGAGUGAAGAGGCCAGUCGGGGAUGGAUGCUGCUCACCACCAUCAACCUCCUGGCUUCAUCUGGACAGAAAACGGUGGACUGCAUGACCACCAUGUCGGUGCCCUCCACGCUGGUGAAGUGCCUGUACCUCUUCUUCGACUUGCCGCACACGCCCGAGGCGGCGAGCGCCUCGCCCACCGAGCUGCCCCUGGCCGACCGCCGCGCCCUGCUGCAGAAGGUCUUCGUGCAGAUCCUGGUGAAGCUGUGCAGCUUCGUGUCCCCCGCGGAGGAGCUGGCCCAGAAGGACGACCUGCAGCUGCUGUUCAGCGCCAUCACCUCCUGGUGCCCCCCCCACAACCUGCCCUGGAGGAGGAGCGCCGGGGAGGUGCUCAUGACCAUCUCCCGCCACGGCCUGAGCGUCAACGUGGUCAAAUACAUCCACGAGAAAGAGUGCCUGUCCACAUGCGUCCAGAACAUGCAGCAGUCGGACGACCUCUCGCCCCUGGAGAUCGUGGAGAUGUUCGCCGGCCUCUCCUGCUUCCUGAAGGACUCCAGCGACGUGUCCCAGACCCUGCUGGACGAUUUCCGCGUGUGCCAGGGAUACGCCUUCCUCUGCGACCUGAUGCUCAGGCUGGAGCAGGCCAAAGAGGACGACGCCAAAGACGCGCUGAAGGACCUGGUGAACCUGGUGACGGCCCUCACCACGUAUGGCGUGAGCGACCUCAAACCGGGGGGGGGCCUCACCACGGGGGCGCCCUUCCUCCUGCCCGGGUUCGUGGUCCCACAGCCCUCCGGGAACGGGCACGCGGUGAGGAACGUCCCGGCCUUCUCCGUGCUCCACAACGCCUUCCUGAAGGCCAAGAGCAGCCGGCUGACCCGCGCCAUCCUGGAGGCCAUCGGCAACAUCUACAUGGCCGACCGGGCCAACUACUUCAUCCUGGAGACCCAGCACACGCUGUCCCAGUUCGCCGACAAGAUCUCCCGGCUCCCCGAGGCCCAGGCCAAGUACUUCGAGCUGCUGGAGUUCGUGGUCUUCAGCCUGAACUACGUCCCCUGCAAGGAGCUGUUCAGCAUUAGCGUGCUGCUCAAGUCCAGCACCUCGUACCAGUGCAGCAUCACGGCCACGCGCACCCUGCUCAAGCUCACCCGCCACGACCCCGUCUUCAGCGAGGUCUUCCGCGAGGUGGGCCUGCUGGAGGUCCUGGUCAACCUGCUGCACAAGUACGCCGCCCUGAUGAAGGACCCCGCCCAGGCCCACGUCGAGCAGGCCUCCGGCGGCACCAAGAACAGCAACCAGGCGGAGGAGCAGAAGCAGCUGGCCUGGCUGGUGAUGGAGACGCUCACCGUCCUGCUCCAGGGCUCCAACACCAACGCAGGUCUGUUUCGGGAGUUUGGCGGAGCGCGGUGUGUCCAUAACAUUCUGAAGUACCGGCAGUGCCGCGAGCACGCUCUGAUGAUCAUCCAGCAGCUGGUGCUGUCGCCGAGCGGCGACGACGACAUGGGCACCCUGCUGGGCCUCAUGCACUCUGCCCCGCCCACCGAACUGCAGCUCAAAACCGACAUCCUGAGGGCCCUCCUGGCGGUCCUGAGGGAGAGCCACCGUACCCGCACCGUCUUCCGCAAGGUGGGCGGCUUCGUCUACCUCACCUCCCUGCUGGUGGCCAUGGAGACGUCGCUGUGCUCGCCGCCGCGCAACGGCUGGGAGAGGGCCAAUCAGAACCAGGUGUUCGAGCUGCUGCACGCCGUCUUCCGCGCGCUGACGGCCGCCAUGCGCUACGAGCCGGCCAACUCGCACUUCUUCCGCACCGAGGUGCAGUACGACAAGCUGGCCGACGCCGUGCGGCUCCUGGGCUGCUUCUCGGACGGGCGCAAGGUGGCGGGCUCGGCCGGGGCGCUGCCCUCCAACGCCCGGCCCUUCCAGAGGCUCCUGGAGGACGAGCCGCUCCCCGCCGACGGGGUCUGCCCGCGCCUGCGCCACUGCAGCCGUCUCUUCGUCUACCUGUACAAGAUGGCCACCGACUCCUUCGACAGCCGCGCUGAGCAGUUGCCCCCCUGCCUGACGCUGGAGACCUCUCUGCCCUCCCCCUGGGGCACACCAGCGCUCUCCAGGAAGAGACACGGCUAUCACGGAUCGUCCGCCCCCCUGCCGUCGCUGCCCACCAAAGCCGCGGCGGAGGCGAAGGUCCACGCGGCGAACCCUUCCCAGCAUGCCCCGGAUUCCGUGGUCAUCCACCCCGGGGCGGGGCUGGCCAUGCUGGACCUGCUGGCCUCGGUCAGCUCCGAAACCCAGCCCGAGCAUGCCCUAGACCUGCAGCUGGCGGUGGCCAACAUCCUGCAGCUGCUGGUGCACUCGGAGCGGAACCAGCAGGUCCUUUGCGAGGCGGGCCUGCACUCCCGCCUCCUCCAGCGCUGUAGCUCCGCCCUCGGCGACGAGGACCACCCCCUGCACCCGCCCCUGCAGAGGACCUUCGAGAGGCUGGCCUCCCAGGCCCUGCAGCCAAUGGUGCUCAGGGAGUUUCUGCGGCUGGGGAACCCCCUGAACUGCGGCGCCUGGGACAAGAAGCUCCUGAAGCAGUACCGCGUGCACAAGCCCAGCUCCCUCAGCUUCGACGCCGAGGCCCGGAACAGCAUGACCAUGUCCAUGGAGGGCUUCGGGCCGGACAGCGCCUUCGCGGGCGAGGACAGCGGCCAGUACCGCAUCAGCAGGAGCCUGGUCCGCUCGCCCGAGGGCAGCACCGUGCCCCUCACCCGCGUCAAGUGCCUGGUCUCCAUGACGACGCCGCACGACAUCAGGCCGCACGGCUCCUCGGUCGCCCCGGCCUUCGUGGAGUUUGACACCUCGCUGGAGGGGUUCGGCUGCCUGUUUCUGCCCAGCUUGGCUCCUCACAACGCUCCGUCCAACAACGUCAACGCGUCCGGGGUCAGCGACGGGGCGGUGGCCAGCGGCAUGGGAAACGGGGAGCGUCUGUUCCCCCCUCCCUCGGGCCUGAGCUACUCCUGCUGGUUCUGCGUGGAGCGCUUCGGGACGCCGUCCCAGCACCACCCGGUGCGCCUGCUGACGGUGGUGCGGCGGGCCACCUCCUCGGAGCAGCACUACGUGUGCCUGGCCCUCGUCCUGUCCCCCAAGGACCGCUCGCUCACCGUCUCCACCAAGGAGGAGCUGCUGCAGAGCUACGUGGACGACUUCAGCGAGGAGUCCUCCUUCUACGAGAUCCUGCCCUGCUGCGCCCGCUUCCGCUGCGGUGACAUCAUCAGCGAGGGACAGUGGCACCACCUGGUGUUGGUGAUGAGCAAGGGCAUGCUGAAGAACAGCACGGCCACGCUCUACAUCGACGGCCAGCUGGUCAAUACCGUCAAGCUUCACUACGUUCACAGCUCGCCGGGGGGGUCUGGCUCCACCAACCCCCCGGUGGUGAGCACGGUCUACAGCUACGUCGGCACGCCCCCCGCCCAGCGGCAGGUGUCCUCGCUGGCGUGGCGCCUGGGCCCCACCCACUUCCUGGAGGAAGUGCUGCCGGCCGCCAGCGUCUCUGCCAUCUACGAGCUGGGUCCCAACUACGUGGGCAGCUUCCAGGCUGUUUACCUGCCCUGUAAGGACUCGAAGGCAGAGGCCGUACCCCCGGCCCCUGUGGCCCUGGUGCCGGAGGAGAAGGUGUCCUUCAGCCUCUAUGCCCUCUCCGUCUCCACCCUCACCGUGGCCAAGAUCAGGAAGGUCUACAACAAGCUGGACAGCAAGGCUAUCGCCAAACAGUUGACCUUGUCCUCCCACGAGAACGCCACGCCGAUCAAGCUGAUCCACAACGCGGCGGGGCACCUCAACGGCCCGGCCCGCACGCUGGGCGCCGCGGUCGUCGGCUACCUGGGUGUGCAUGCGUUCGUGCCCAGGCCAGUGGCCACAAACCUGCAGUACGUCGGAGGCGCUGCCGCCAUUCUGGGACUGGUCGCCAUGGCGUCAGACGUGGAGGGGCUGUACGCAGCCGUGAAAGCUCUGGUGUGCGUCGUCAAGAGCAACGCGCUGGCCAGCAAGGAGAUGGAGCGGAUCAAAGGCUACCAAUUGCUGGCCAUGUUGCUGAAGAAGAAGCGCUCUCUGCUGAACAGUCACAUCCUCCACCUCACCUUCUCCCUGGUGGGGACGGUGGACAGCGGCCACGAGACCUCCAUCAUCCCCAACUCCACCGCCUUCCAGGACCUGCUGUGCGACUUUGAGGUGUGGCUCCACGCCCCGUACGAGCUGCACCUGUCCCUGUUUGAGCACUUCAUCGAGCUCCUGACUGAAUCCAGCGAGGCCGCGAAGAACGCCAAGCUGCUCCGGGAGUUCCAGCUGAUCCCCAAACUCCUGCUGACUCUGCGGGACACCUCCCUGUCCCAAACCACCAUCACCGCCAUCAGCAACGUCCUCAGCCUGCUGCUGCAGGGCUUCCCCAACAGCUACGACCUGCUCAGGGUUGGCCAGUUCAUUUCCUCCACCCUUCCCACGUUUGCGGUGUGUGAGAAAUUUGUCGUCAUGGAGGCCAUCAGCGAGGAGAAAGUCGACGGAGCGAACGAAGACGAUUUCGGCGGGCUGCUCUCAGCCAAUCUGAUCCUGCUGCGGAACAGGCUUCUGGACAUCUUGCUCAAACUGCUGUUCACCUCCAGAGAGAAGUGCGUCGUAAAUGCACAGGCAUGUGAGGAACUGGUGCGUACGCUGGGCUUCGAUUGGCUGCUGAUGCUCAUGGAGGAGCACGUGCACUUCAGCACCGUGACGGCCGCCAUGCGGGUGCUGGUGGUGUUGCUCAGCAACCAGCCCAUCCUGGCCCGCUUCAGGGAGGGGCUCUGCGGCGGGGGCUGGCUGGACCACACCGACGCCGUGCUCACCAACAAGAUCGGCACCGUCCUGGGCUUCAACGUGGGCCGCAAUGCGGGGGGCAGGUCCACAGUGCGAGAGAUCAACCGCGACGCCUGCCACUUCCCAGGGUUCCCUGUGCUCCAGACCUUCCUGCCCAAGCACACCAACGUGCCGGACCUCUACUUCCUGGUGAUGGCCCUGUUCCUGCAGCAGCCUGUGUCCAAGCUGCCGGACAGCUUGCAGGUAAAUUUCGACCUGGACUCCAUCUGGACGUUCAUCUUUGGCGUUCCGGCGUCCAGCGGAGCGGUGGCGGGCUCCAUCCACGGCGUGUGCUCCGAGGCGGCCCUGCUCCUGCUGGCCAUGCUGCGCAGCCUGCUCAACCUGCCCUGGCAGUCGGAGGAGGAGGGCUCCUGGCUCAGAGAGUACCCCAUCACGCUGAUGCAGUUCUUCCGCUACCUCUACCACAACGUGCCCGACCUGGCGCCCAUGUGGCUCAGCCCGGAGUUCCUGUGCGCCCUGGCAGCCACGGUCUUCCCCUUCAACAUCAGGCCCUACUCCGAGAUGGUUACGGACCUGGACGACGAGGCAGGCUCCUCGGAGACGGAGGAGUUCAAGGCUUUCGCGGCAGACGCGGGGAUGAACCGCAGCCAAUCGGAGUACUGCAACGUGGGCGCCAAGACCUCCCUGACCAGCCACCCCGCCAAGAAGUACGUCUUCGACUUCAUGAGGGCGCUCAUCAUGGACAACCUGUGUGUGACCCCCGCCAGCAAGCAGACGCCGACCGUGGACCUGCUGCUGGAGGCUGCCCCCGAGCGCUCCACGAGGACCCAGCAGAAGGAGUUCCAGUCCUACAUCUUGGACAGCGUCAUGGAGCACCUGCUGGCUGCAGACGUCCUCCUGGGAGAGGACUCGUCCAUGCCCGUCACCAGCGGGGGCAGCUAUCAGAUCCUGGUGCACAACGUCUUCUACUUCACCCAGCGUGUGGUGGACAAGCUGUGGCAGGGCAUGUUCAACAAGGACUCCAAGCUGGUGGUCGAGUUCAUCGUGCAGCUCAUUGGACAGUCCAAGAGGAGGUCGCAAGGCUUGUCCCUGGACUCCAUCUACCACUCUCUGAACCGGACCGUCCUGUACCAGCUCUCCCGACCGCACAAGACCGUGGCGCAGCAGGUGGCCCUGCUGGACUCUCUGCGCGUGCUCACCAUCAACCGCAACCUGGUCCUGGGCCCCGGCAACCACGACCAGGAUUUCGCCGCCUGCCUGGCGCACUGCCUCGUACACCUGCACUCCGGGAGCGUGGAGGGAUUCGGCCUGGAGGCGGAGGCUCGCAUGACCACCUGGCACGUCAUGAUGCCGACCGAGACCGAGCCGGACGCCGCGCACAGCCAGGACGGCGGCGAAGGCCGGCAGCUCCUGCUGAAGGCGGUGAACCGCGUCUGGACGGAGCUCCUCCACAGCAAGCGGCAGAUGCUGGAGGACGUCUUCAAGGUGUCCCUGCCCGCCAACGACCGCGGCCACGUGGACAUCGGCACCGCCCGCGGCCUCAUCGAGGAGCCCGCCGCCAAGAGCUGGCACAACCACCUGGCCCACGAGAGGAAGUACGUCAGCAGGGGCGAGACGGCGGCCCCCGCCGCCCCGUUCAAGCUGCCCCGCGUCAGCAGCGGGUUCGGGCUGUCCAAGCUGACGGGGGCCAGGCGAAACAGGAAGGACAACAGCCAGAACAAGAGCAACAUCUCCGCGCAGGAAACCUUCCAGUGGAUGUUCACUCACAUCGCUGUCGUUCGGGACCUGGUCACGCUGCAGUACAAAGAGUAUCAGGAGAGGCAGCAGAACGCUCUGAAGUACGUGACGGAGGAGUGGGCGGCCAUCGAGUACGAGCUCCUGAGGGAGAGGGGCCUGUGGGGCCCCCCGAUCGGGUCCCACCUGGACAAGUUCCUGCUGGACAUGACGGAGGGGCCCUGCCGCAUGAGGAAGAAGAUGGUGCGCAACGACAUGUUCUACAUCCACUACCCCUACGUUCCCGACUGCGAGCCCAACACCGCCUCCCAGAAACCGCCACGCUACCGCAGGGCCAUCAGCUACGACAGCAAGGACUACUACAUGCGACUGCUGUCGGGGAACCCCGGCAUGUACCAGCACUCGGUCCAGCAGAGCUCCGAGGGGGAGACCGCGCCGCACGAACCCGAGCCGGGGGAGGACACCAUCGCCCGGGUCAAAGGUCUGGUGAAGGCCCCCCUGAAGCGCUCGCGCUCCACGGCGGACGGGGGGGACGAGGACAGCCAGGACCCCCCUCAGGACCAGAUUCUGGAGGCCGGGGGCGGGGACGAGGAGGAGAAGACAGACAACACGGCCCUACUGAGACUGCUGGAGGAGGGGGAGAAGAUCCAGCACAUGUACCGCUGCGCUCGCGUCCAGGGCCUGGACACCAGCGAGGGCCUGCUGCUCUUCGGGAAAGAGCACUUCUACGUCAUCGAUGGCUUCACCAUGACCGUCGCCCGCGAGAUCCGUGACAUCGACACGCUUCCUGCAAACAUGCACGAGGCCAUCAUCCCCAGGGGGGCGCGGCAGGGCCAGAGCCAGCUGAAGAGGACCUGCAGCAUCUUCGCCUACGAGGACAUCAAAGAGGUGCACAAGCGCCGCUACCUGCUGCAGCCCAUGGCCGUAGAGGUGUUUUCUGGAGACGGGCGGAAUUACCUGCUAGCGUUCCAGAAAGGAGUCCGGAACAAAGUCUACCAGAGGUUCCUGGCGGUGGUGCCCUCCCUCGCCGACAGCUCUGAGUCGGUGUCCGGACAGCGCCCCAACACCAGCGUGGAGCAGGGGUCUGGUUUGCUGAGCACUCUCGUGGGCGAGAAGUCGGUCACGCAGAGAUGGGAGAGAGGGGAGAUCAGUAACUUCCAGUACCUGAUGCACCUCAACACCCUGGCCGGCCGGUCCUACAACGACCUGAUGCAGUACCCCGUCUUCCCCUGGAUCCUGGCCGACUACCACUCAGAGGAACUGGACCUCUGCAACCCCAAAACAUUCCGGGACCUCUCCAAGCCCAUGGGGGCCCAGACGGAGGACAGGCUGACCCAGUACAAGAAGAGGUUCAAAGACUGGGAGGACCCAAACGGUGAAACCCCGGCCUAUCACUACGGCACGCACUACUCCUCGGCCAUGAUCGUGGCGUCGUACCUGCUCCGCAUGGAGCCCUUCACGCAGAUCUUCCUCCGGUUACAGGGAGGACACUUUGACUUGGCGGACAGGAUGUUCCACAGCGUCCAGGAGGCCUGGCUCUCCGCCGCCAAGCACAACAUGGCCGACGUCAAGGAACUCAUCCCCGAAUUCUUCUACCUCCCGGAGUUCCUGCUCAACUCCAACAACUUUGACCUUGGGAGCAAACAGAACGGCACCAAGCUAGGUGACGUGAUCCUGCCCCCGUGGGCAAAGGGUGACCCCAGAGAAUUCAUCAGAGUACAUCGCGAGGCCCUGGAGUGCGACUACGUUAGCGCGCACCUGCACGAGUGGAUAGAUCUGAUCUUCGGCUUCAAGCAGCAGGGGGCGCCGGCGGUGGAGGCGGUUAACGUCUUCCACCACCUCUUCUACGAGGGCCAGGUGGACAUCUACAACAUCAACGACCCGCUCAAGGAGACCGCCACCAUCGGCUUCAUCAACAACUUCGGCCAGAUCCCCAAACAGCUGUUCAAGAAGCCCCACCCCCCCAAGCGCGUGCGCAGCAGGUCCAAUGGAGACGCCCCCGGCACGCCUGCCUCCCUCGUCUCGGCCACCGACAAGAUGUUCUUCCACCACCUGGACAACCUGCGUCCCUCGCUGGCCCCCGUCAAAGAGCUGAAGGAGCCCGUGGGCCAGAUCGUGUGCACGGAUAAGGGCAUCCUGGCCGUGGAGCAGAACAAGGUCCUGGUGCCCACCGCCUGGAACAAAACCUUUGCCUGGGGCUUCGCCGACCUCAGCUGCAGGCUGGCUAACUACGAGUCCGACAAGGCGGUCAUUGUGUACGAGUGCCUGUCCGAAUGGGCUCAGAUUCUGUGUGCCAUCUGCCCGAACCCGAAGCUGGUCAUCACGGGGGGCACGAGCACGGCCAUCUGCGUGUGGGAGAUGGGCACCUCCAAAGAGAGGGCCAAAACGCUCACUCUCAAACAGGCCUUGCUGGGUCACACGGACGCGGUGACGUGCCUGACGGCGUCCUCGGCGUACCACAUCGUGGUGAGCGGCUCGCGGGACCGCACCUGCAUCGUCUGGGACCUGAACAAGCUGGCCUUCGUCACCCAGCUGAGGGGACACCGCGCCCCCGUCUCCGCCCUCUGCAUCAACGAGCUCACGGGAGACAUUGUGUCCUGUGCUGGGACCUACAUCCACGUGUGGAGCAUCAACGGUAGCCCCCUGGUCAGCGUUAACACCUUCACCGGCCGCAGCCAGCAGAUCCUGUGCUGCUGCGUGUCCGAGAUGAACGAGUGGGACACGCAGAACGUCAUCGUCACCGGCCACUCGGACGGCGUCGUUCGGUUCUGGAGGAUGGAGUUCCUGCAGGUCCUGGAGACGCCCGCCCCAGAGCCCGCUGAGCCGCCCGAAGCGCCCGACUGCUGCAGCGAGGACAAGAUAGAGGGCCGCGAGGCUCACGACGAGGACAGCAGCGAAUCGGACGGCGAGGAGCAGAGCGCGCUCCAGGAGGCCGAGCCUGGGCCCGCCCACGGCCGGGCCUCCCGCCCCGACCGCGACCGCGGCCCCAAGGGCUCCGCCGGCCGGCCCGGCGCCGCCUGGUCCGCCGACAGCGGCUCGGACGACUCGCGGCGCUGGUCCGACUCCCUCAGCCUGGACGAGAAGGACGGCUUCGUCUUCGUCAAUUACUCUGAGCGGCAGGCCCGGGCCGCCCCCCCGCACCCCCCUGCAGUGGAGGCCCGGCCGUACAGCCAGCUCAGACCCGGCUACAGAUGGGAGCGUCAGCUGGUGUUCCGGAGCAAACUCACCAUGCACACGGCGUUCGACCGCAAAGACAACGCCCACCCGGCAGAAAUCAGCGCGCUUGCCAUCUCAAAGGACCACAGUAAGAUCCUGGUGGGCGACGGGCGUGGGCGGGUCUUCAGCUGGUCGGUGAGCGAGCAGCCGGGCCGCUCGGCUGCUGAUCACUGGGUGAAGGACGAGGUGGUGGACAGCUGCUCCGGCUGCGCGGUCCGCUUCUCCCUGACCGAGCGCCGGCACCACUGCAGGAACUGCGGCCAGCUCUUCUGCCAGAAGUGCAGCCGGUUCCAGUCGGACAUAAAGCGCCUGAAGAUCUCCUCCCCGGUUCGGGUGUGCCAGAACUGCUACUACAACCUGCAGCACGAGCGCGGGUCCGAGGAUGGAUCUAGAAACUAGCCCACCCCGACUCCCUCGGCAGGCCACGCCUCCCUGGCCCCGAACCUGUCCGCUUGACUGACAGGCUCCGCCCUCCUGAAGGCUGGCCUGACCAACCCACCUUGAACACUUUCCUGUUACCACAUGUAAAGCACUGACAAAGGAAAAAGGGAUCACUCACUGAAUAAUGUUCACUGUUCCAUAUAUGUAUUGCAGUUAAGUAUGACCUGAAAGAGGGGGAAGGGAAUGGGGGGGAGGAAAAAAAAAAAAACAUUCUAAUCUGGUGGUUUUUGAUUAAUUUUUUUCUUAUCUUUUUUUGUUUCAUUUUUGCAGUCCCUCCCCUUUAAUAGCAACAAAACGCCUACCAAGUUAGUCACCAGCUUUUUAGAUCAUAGAGCAACAGUGUAGGCCUCCAGUGAAAUUUGUUUAUAUUGUAAAUACGUUAAAUAAUGGCCUUUUUAACAAAAAUUUACUGAAAGACAAAUGUCGCCUGUAUCAUAGGAACUCAGUAUCCGCCUCCUGGGUGUUAAAAAAGAUGACUGGUCACAGGGACGCACGUAACGGGGACUAUGAAUGUCAACUAGUGUGUGUUAGCUGUGUAAUUAUUUUUUUUUAUUUUCUUUUGUUUACAAUCUGCAUUUCGUUCAUGUGGUUGCUCACAGUACCUUAAAUGUUGCCAUCAACUAACUUAACAAACUUAAAAAAUAUAUGAUUGCAUUAUAUAUACAUCAUAUAUGUAUAUAUAUAUAUAUAUAUAUAUAUAUACACACACACACAUUUCAUGCCUAUGAUAUAUCUGCUGUUGUUGACUGCAACAUAUCAAAUCUGUUUAUUUCAAAUGUUUGUCAUUUGUAGUUUACUCUUAAAUUUAAUUUUAAAAAUUACUACAUUAUUGUAGAGGUCAGUGUCCAGGAGAAAGAGUAGUUGUUAAAAAGUAUGAUUUAUUACUUACUAAAUCAUGACAUUUUGUCUGCACAAUGGAAGAACUACAAUGUAUCUUCCGCCAGAAAAAUCCUCACAGAAUCAGUCUAGAGCGUGGAAAAGCCAUUUUGUCACUGCACAUUUUAUAAGUUAUAUAAAAGGAGCAUUUUUCCCCUGAUGGAUAAGGGAAUAUUUACAGGUAUCUUCAUUAAUGUCCACAUUUGUCUGUUACAUUCAUUUAAACAUCUUUCCCAGUAAUUGUGAUCAUCUGUAAAAUUGUUGUAUUUAUUGUAAGGUUGCGUAGACAUGUUGCAUGACAUGUAAUGCAGGUCAUUAAAAUCUUAUCUCUUAAGACUUUAACAUAGUAAUAUUUAAUGGAGCAAGUUACAUUAAAUACAUUCUGCAAUGUUUUUUUUUUAAAUCUGCAUAUAACUGAUAGACUCAACUUAUAUGCAGAUAUUGCUUUCUAAUCAUUGUCAUUUGAAUUUUGGUUGAAGAAAGGACUCUGAAAAAGCAACAUAAACAUAUGAGACCAAUUUGCAUAUUUAUAAGAAGACAGCUAUUUGUCACAUGUAAAACUGGAUUUGUUUGUGCACCGUGUAAAAAUAUGACUUUUUUGUUUUGGUGGAUAUUUGAGAAAUGGAGCUGGGGUUUUUCAGCGUCUUGAGUGCACACCAUAAAAUUUGAAAAAGUCACUGCCAUUUUUUCCUUUCUGCAUGUCAAAAGUCCGUGGUACUGUGGGCAAUGUGUGUCUGUGCUGCUUCAACAGUAAUAACCACUUUGAUUUAUGCAACAUUUCGUAAAUGUUUUCUUUUUUGUAACAUAAGUGCAAUAACCGGCUUAUGAUUUCAGCCGUAGAAAGUGUGUACCCUACCCUGCUAGCAUGCAGUCAUCAUUAUUAUUAUUGUUGUUGUCAUUAUUAUUCUUUCUUCAUGUACUGUAUCUAGCAUGCAAUCACUAUAUUGAGCUAACAGAACAUGCUAGCAAGAGGCAGAUUCCAAAAUCAGAUUGGAUAGGUCACCGAAGUUGUUUUGCACCUUCUUAUGUACAAACUGCAAGGAACCAUAAUUUUAUCGAAUGCAUUCUUAUGUUGCGUGCUUAUCACUUUAAAGGUGUAAAGGUUACAGUUAAACUGUAUGAAAUAUUUAUGCAAUUAUAUUGGUUUUAUUGUUUUUUUUUUUUAACGAUUGUAAUUUCAGCAAGUUUUGUUACUUGUUGCAUGUCUGAUAACACGGCUGACUUUCUGUGUCAGUGAAUUGUACAUGUUUUACCUUGUUUUGAUGUUUAUUUGGUUUGUUUUUAAGGCAUUAACUAAUUAGUUAUAAGCUCUGAAAGGCAAGAUGUGUGUACAGUAAUGACAAGAGCAGUGAAAAUGUGUUCCCAAGUCUGGGUGGAAUUUUGUACUAUAUAUGAAAAAAAUGGCAGGUCUAAUCCUUGGACUAUUUUUGGUGGUCUUGUGUUAGACUGCAUUACUACAGUAUCUAGUGUGCAAUCUGUGAUAGCUGAAUGUUCACUGUAUUAUUGUGGUCAGUACAAUUACAAAAAAGAGUAGAGUAAUGCAACAGAAAUAUGUAACUAUAAUGCAAUAGAUCUGGUACUUAAAUUCUUUUUUAUUUCAAUUAAAUUCCUGCUGUUUACCACCAAGA